UCCCGCUUCGAUGUCCGCUUGCCAAUCGAUCCAAACGCGUGUGAAUCAGUGAGUUAUAAAUCCAUAAAAGUGAUGAGUGCGUCCCAACACUAAUCGUCCUGCGAAAUGUCCACAUCGGACUGACCAACCCCCGACGAUGUUAACGAUCCUGUUGACCUUGGUGACGACGUGCGGGGCCCUGUCGCCCCACCGGCCCCUCUACGACGACUACACGGUGAAACAGUACACCCGCAACAUCACCCUCAAGCAAGGCGUGUUGCAGGGCAUCGUGGUCGAGCCGAAAGUCAACAGGGCCCUCCCGAUGACCGAACAGUAUCGGGGAAUCCCUUACGCGGCCGCGCCGGUGGGCGAGCUGCGGUUCAUGCCCUCGGGCAGCGCCCCAUCAUGGUUCGGCGUCAAGUUCGCCGACACCUACGGCCCAGUGUGUCCGCAGAAGUUUCCGGACGAGAAGCGGAUGACGGCCGAACGGAGGGCCGCCUUCCUAAGGCUCAAACAGUAUCUGCAGAACCAGAGCGAGGACUGUCUUUAUUUAAACAUUUACGCCCCCUACCAAGGUGACGGUUCCAGUACGAGACGGUAUCCGGUGAUGAUAUUCCUGCACGGCGAGUCCUUCGAGUGGAAUUCGGGGAAUCCUUAUGACGGCAGCGUGUUGGCUGGUUACGGGAAGGUCAUUGUCGUCACACUCAAUUAUCGCCUCGGCAUUUUGGGAUUUUUAAAGGCAGGCAUCGACAGCCUGGCGAAGAGCAACUUCGGACUCAUAGACCAGAUAGCCGCGUUGCUCUGGGUCAGGGAGAACAUCGCCGCGUUCGGCGGCGACCCUAAGGCCGUCACCCUCUUCGGACACGGAACGGGCGCGGUCUGCGCCAGUCUCCUCAUGAUCAGCCCCCUACACGGGAACCAGAUGUUGUUCCACAGGGCCAUUUUGAUGAGUGGCACCGCCUUGUCCGAUUGGGCUUUGGCCGGCAAUCCGAGUGCCGUCACUUAUCAGGUGUCUCAAGCAUUGAACUGCCAGUUGUCCGAUGACUUCGCCAAAUGCUUGAGGAGGAAGAGGCUGGACGAAAUCAUGUCGGCCGACGUCAAAACUGGCCCCUACAGGACUAUUUUUGGUCCUGUCGUUGACUCAGUCGUCGUACCCAACGACCCAAAGAAAUCAAUGGCUCAGUAUUAUGACAUUUUUAAAAAGUUCGAACUGAUGUACGGUGUGACGGAACAGGAGAGCAUCCACCUCCUGGGACCGGUGGAGCUGACCCACGGCAUGCUGGAGAAGGAACGUGACAGCGAGCUGCGCAGCUACAUCAGAUCCAGGUGCGAGAUGGAGCCGGAGCUGUGUCUGGUGCGCACCCUGGCCCAGUACACCCGUUCCGGGGACUUCAGCGAGCAAAACCACCAGGGUUACCAGGGCAUGGAGCCGGACCGGGCCACCUUGGCCCGCGACGCCCUGCUCGACAUCCUUUCCGACGCCAGAACGGUGGCGCCCAUCGUCCAGACCGCCAGGUACCACGCCGCCCUGCACCUGCAGUCGUACUUCUACGUCUUCGCCCACAAAACCUCCAGUCGUGAUUACAUUAGGAACAAGAGUUAUAAUGGUGACGAGCUGCCGUAUGUGUUCGGUGUGCCUUUGGACGGUCCCAAGUUUCAUUUCGUCGACCGCUACACCGAAAAGGAACAACUGUUCUCCGAGAUAAUUAUGAUGUACUUUGCCAAUUUUGCGUACACCGGGAAUCCGAACGUGCCAAGAAGAAACGAGUUUUACUCCUCCAGACCGGCCGACUGGUAUCAGUUCGACAUAGAGUGGCCUGAGUUUGAUAUAAAACAGGAACGCUACCUCCAAUUAAAAAUACCCCCACAGUUCGCCGAACAUUACAGAAGUCGUGAGAUGAUAUUUUGGAACGACGAAUUUCCGGAGCUGGCCCAGUAUGGUAACACAACAACUACGCAACGUCCAAUCAGAAAACGUCCACCUUUGUUUAUCUAUCACAACUUUUCAGACCCAAGUAAAGUUGCCAGCUACCCUUUCAACCCUUUUAUGAACUUCUCCAAACCCGUUAGUGGUCCCACGCAACAUGCCUAUGGAAAGGAACGUCGCGUUAUGGCUGACCCCAACAAAAUCUCAGACAAUCCCUACAGGAAAUUCGAAAACUUUUACAAACCCCUAGAUAACCCACCAACUAAAGAUGAGUUUGGGGUCGUGCAAAAUUACGGUAAAGAUCGCCCCUACAAUUUCGAAAAGAACUACGGUGUCAUUAGAAAUGGUCCUGCCGAGCCUCAGAACGUCAAGCAAAGCACCAGUCUAAAUCUGUUUAUCGUGGGAGGCUUGUUCCUAAUUGUAAUGCUCAACAUUUUCAUCCUGGGUGGACUGUACUACAAAUGCUACAGAACUAAAUGUAAAAACAAUACAACUAAAUCUGACGACCAAAGAAAUUCAAUUUGUGAGGAGAAGGAAACGAAAGUCACUGACGAAGCUGUAAUAGAAAAUGGCUGUAAUUUCGUAACGAUACUCAGAAGAAGUUCGUCCAAAAGCAGGGACGAUGAUAGUAAAUCUGGCAGCAGGAAGUCCAAAAAAUUAUCCAGACAAAUGUCAAACAGCACCAUAGAUGCUCACACAAAGGUGCGCGAUUGGAUUACGCAGGAAAUCGUCCAGAAGUACAGCCCCAGGAUUAUAAAGCGACCCAGAACUGCGUCCAUUAAAGUACCGAAAAGUAGUGCCGCCAACAUCCCCUUGGAUUUUGAAAAAGACUCCACACUAGGUAGGACGCCUACAAGACCUGUAAGCCCCACUGAUGACACUAAAAAAGUGAAGCCCACUAAGGUGUCAGUGGCAAUUGAUGCCACACCUUCCGGAAGAGGUCCCAGCGUUUUAAUGCAGCAACCCAUAGAACUAACAAAGUCUUUGGACUGCCCAGUGUUUCCACCUGAGGUCGAAAUCCCCUUAAGAAGAUCCAUGACUUUAGAAGACUUCUCCCCGAAAACCGUUGACUGUAAAAGAGACUUGAGAAAAAGUACCACCAGUAUUAAUUUGAAAUAUUCCCCCGAAAUUGAACCUACGAUCAUCAAAAUCGACCACAGCCACACAAAAUCCGAGCCGGUGGAGGAUAUCUACGGUUUUACAAGUCUGAAGCAUCUUAAAACGUUUGCCCCCAACGCAGACGUAAACGUAACGUCAAGGGAAGAAGUGGACGUGGCCCCUUUGACUCCGGAAGAAGCUUUACAGACGAUAAAACGCCGGAAUUUCCCCAAAGUACUGCCAGAUCAUCCCGGAAGGGAAGCUUUAGCACACAAAAGACGGUCCAUGCCCGCUCACUGUUUAUUCCUUCCGAUUCCCGAGAACCCUUCGUUGUCGCAGCCAAACUCCCCGAAUAACAGAUCUCUCUUGAAGUACCCUCCCGCUCCACCUCCCAGAACCACUUCAAGCCUGGACAGGAACAACAGUUUACCCCAGUGUGUUUCACACUCUGAGCCAAUGCUGGCUGAGGAGCCGCCGGCCAAAGAAGAACCCGAGCUGGUCUGCAAUAAUUUAUACGUGGGUCCCUUGGUGGCCAAACACAAAAAACCGGAACUGAAAAAGUUGAACAGCCAAGAGAUAUACGCGAGUCUGAAGCCGAAAACUGAAAACCCAGAACCAAGACCCACGUCUCCGAAAACGAUAAUCUCGGCCAACGCGGACGCCCCGAUAAAAAAGCUGGAUCCGAAGUACGUGAUAAAACCGACGACAGGACGAAAACCCAGCGAUCCCGGGCUGAAGCACAUACCGAGGGUUGUGGUGCCGGAUAAUCAACCGCAAGUACACCACUCGAAUGAGGACAACCUGAAGAAUGCGGAAGGUGUGACGACGGCGUCGAAGCUUCCGGUAAAGGUUAAUAAGCCUAAAUUGCAGAAGUCGCACAUACCGACGCCUAUUAAAAGUAACAGUACCAAUAAGGAGUCCUCCAGUUCUGAGUCUACGCCUUCUGAAGAGAGUGACACAGGAACUGUUGUCAAAAGGAUUUAACUGUAUUAUAUGAUGAGUAUUUAUUAGAGUUGAUAUUUUGUUUAACCUCAUUGCCAGUAAAUGAUUGAUGAUGAUUAUUAUAUGUAGGUUUUUGGUAAUACAUUUUUUUAAAUA